GUUCUGGCUGCCUGGCCCCACUCGAGUUCACGCCUCACUUGGUGGCACACACACACACACAACACACGCGCGGAGUGGACGGAUCCGGGUGGGAGAAGCUUCCUUCCUGCCAUUACAGCACAGAGAGAGAGAGAGGAGGAAGAAGAGGAAGAAGAAGAGGAGGAGGAGGAGGAAGAAGAGGAGGAGGAGGACGACUCUGUGUUGAAGGCAACACACACACACACACACACAGAGGAGGGCAAAGCUGCCCCUGCUGCAAUUCCUGAUCAGGAUCUACCUCCUCUUCCUCCUCUUCCUUCUCCCUCUUUCUCUUUUUUGGGAAUGAUCUAAUCCCAAUAUUUCAACCCCCCUCUCUUGCAUGUGAUCCUUCCUGGAGGAAUCCCCAUUUAUUUAUUUUUUAGGGGGCAAAAAGAUGUCUGUCUGUUUUGUAGAAACUGAUCCAGAGUCGGUGGUGGCGUUGAAAGCUUUCCAGAAGUUUCCCAAGAUGUCCAGCGACAGGCAAAGGUCCGAUGACGAAAGUCCCAGUACCAGCAGUGGCAGUUCGGACGCAGAUCAGCGGGACCCGCCGGCCCCCGAGCCGGAGGAGCAAGAAGAGAGGAAACCGUCAGCCACCCAGCAGAAGAAGAACACCAAACUCUCCAGCAAAACUACUGCUAAGCUAUCGACUAGUGCUAAAAGGAUUCAGAAGGAGCUAGCCGAAAUCACCUUGGAUCCACCGCCGAACUGCAGUGCUGGGCCUAAAGGUGAUAACAUUUAUGAAUGGAGAUCUACUAUCCUUGGUCCUCCAGGUUCUGUAUACGAAGGUGGCGUCUUUUUCCUGGAUAUUACAUUUUCAUCCGAUUAUCCAUUUAAACCACCAAAGGUUACUUUCCGCACUCGGAUCUAUCACUGCAACAUCAACAGUCAGGGAGUCAUCUGUCUGGAUAUUCUGAAAGACAACUGGAGCCCUGCUUUGACUAUUUCAAAGGUUUUGCUGUCUAUUUGUUCCCUCUUGACAGACUGCAAUCCUGCUGAUCCUCUGGUGGGAAGCAUAGCCACUCAGUACCUGACCAACAGAGCCGAACAUGACAGGAUAGCCAGACAGUGGACCAAGAGAUACGCAACAUAAGCGACACCAACGACCUUGUGCAGUGCGAAGGUGCGGCAAUGCAGCUUUGCGGUGUGCAACUAAUCUUUAUAGCCUUUACAAUACGGACUUCUGUGUAUAUGUUAUACUGAUUCUACUCUCUGCUUUUAUCCUUUUGAAGACUGGGAUACGGCUUUCCUUCCCUUCUCCCUCCCCCCACCCCUUCCCCACCCCCCUCGAGAUCUCCCCAUCCGCCCCAAAAGGUAAAACGCUAUCAAGAGUAGAACUUUGUAGCUGUAGAUUAGUUAUGUUUAAAAUGCCUACUUGCAAGUCUUGCUUCUUUGGGAUAUCAAAAUGUAUUUUGUGAUGUAACUAAGGAUACCGUUCCUGAAGUCAACCAAAUAUUAUAGUGCAUUUUAGCCUAAUUCAUUAUCUGUAUGAAGUUAUUAAAGGUAGCUGUAGAUGACUAGGAAUUACGUCAUUUGUAUUAAGCCCAGAUCUAUUUCCGAUAUGUGGUACAUGCUGUUGUGAAAACUGUUUUAAACUUUUACCUUUGUCAGUUUGUAAUGAAAGGGAUUCCUUUUCUCCUCUCCUCCCUCCCCACCCCACCCUCCCCUCCCAUCGCCACCUACUUUGUAGCUCCAAGAGCAUCCAGUGUAUCAUCUCAAACACAAUAAAUAUGUUCCCCAAGGAA